GUGACGUCACAUUCGUGCGCCGGAAGCUUCCCACAUUCCUCUCCCCAACUCAGGUGGCAAGGAUGUCGGGAUUCGCGGAGCUCGGGCUGUCGUCUUGGCUUGUGGAACAGUGUCGGCAACUGGGGUUGAAGCAGCCUACACCUGUACAGCUCGGUUGCAUCCCCGCCAUCCUGGAGGGUCGUGACUGCUUAGGCUGUGCAAAAACGGGCAGUGGUAAGACUGCAGCCUUUGUGCUCCCUAUCUUGCAAAAGCUGUCGGAGGACCCCUAUGGCAUCUUCUGCCUCGUCCUGACACCCACCAGGGAGCUGGCCUACCAGAUCGCAGAGCAGUUCCGGGUGCUGGGGAAGCCGCUGGGCCUGAAGGACUGCAUCAUAGUCGGUGGCAUGGACAUGGUAGCACAGGGACUGGAGCUGUCCCGGAAGCCACAUGUGGUGAUCUCUACACCCGGACGCCUGGCCGACCACCUGCGCAGUUCCAACACCUUCAACAUGAAGAAGAUCCGCUUUCUGGUGAUGGAUGAGGCGGACCGGCUGCUGGAGCAGGGCUGUACCGACUUUACCACGGACCUAGAGACCAUCCUGGCUGCAGUGCCCUCUCGCAGGCAGACGCUGCUGUUCAGCGCAACACUCACUGACACACUCAAGGAGUUGCAGGGCCUGGCGACCAAUCAGCCUUUCUUCUGGGAGGCAGAGGCCCCGGUGUGCACAGUGGAGCAGCUAGACCAGCGCUAUCUGCUGGUGCCGGAGAAGGUGAAGGAUGCCUACCUGGUGCACCUGGUCCAGAGCUUCCAGGACCAACAUGAGGACUGGUCCAUCAUCAUCUUUACCAACACCUGCAAGACUUGCCAGAUCCUUUGUAUGAUGCUUCGAAAGUUCAACUUCCCCACCGUUGCGCUGCACUCCAUGAUGAAGCAGAAAGAGCGCUUCGCAGCUCUAGCUAAGUUCAAGUCCAGCAUCUACCGGAUUCUCAUUGCCACUGAUGUGGCUUCGAGGGGCCUAGACAUCCCCACAGUGCAGGUGGUUAUCAACCACAACACUCCUGGCCUCCCAAAGAUCUACAUCCACCGAGUAGGUCGCACAGCCCGUGCAGGGCGGCAGGGACGGGCCAUCACGCUGGUGACACAGUAUGACAUCCACCUGGUGCAUGCAAUUGAGGAGCAGAUCAAGAAGCAGCUGGAGGAGCUGUCGGUGGAGGAAGCUGAGGUCCUACAGAUCCUGACUCAGGUCAAUGUGGUGCGAAGGGAGUGUGAGAUAAAACUGGAGGCUGCCCACUUUGAUGAGAAGAAGGAGAUCAACAAGCGGAAACAGCUGAUUCUAGAGGGCAAGGUGGGUCCAGGAGCAGCUGAGCCUGAUGCAGGGGUGGGUGUGGUUGGAGAUGCUUGUGUGUUGGGAAGCAAGGCCCAGCAUGGUCCUCCCUCCUGGUCAGGACCCGGACCUGGAGGCCAAGCGCAAGGCAGAGCUGGCCAAGAUCAAGCAAAAGAACCGGCGCUUCAAGAAGAAGGUGGAGCAGACACUGAAGCGGCAGAAGGCUGGGAGUGCCAGCAGGGGGCAUCGCCCACCCAGGCCCCGGUCCCAGGCAUCCCUGUCGUUCACCCAGAACCCUGUCUGAAUUCUGCAGGAUGACAGCUGCCUGGUUUAGGACUGACUCCUUGCUAAGGCACCAGCACCCCCAUGAGCCAUGCCCCCUCAGGGAUCUCGAAGUCCCCACCCCACCUAGGGACGGUACACCUGUGUAGGAGACAGUAAACACUCUGAACUCUUUCA